AUGUAUGCAGUUUUACAAGCUUUUCAUUUUUUUCCUUCAGAUAAGUAUGCAAAGUUCAACUUUUAUAAAAAGAAAAACUUUAAAGAUAAACCAAGAUUAAAGGAAGAAAUUAUUUGGCUUCUGGAGAUAGGUCAAGUAGAAGGAUAUCAAAUGGAUACAGACAGGAAAUUGUGGAGCAAACUUAAAUCCAAUUACAAUUGGAAAUUCUACCAUGAAAUGGAAGUAUAA